AUGCCUACGCGCACAUCUAAUUUGCAUAACCCUAAGGAGACCCUCGCCUUGAAGCCCAUUCUACCCACUCAGUUUUGGACUUUUGGCAAUGCCCUUUCCUUGCUAAAAUCCUGUCAGGAUCCAUACAUAUUGAAUGCUUUGGAUGAGUUUUUGUUGUUCAAUCGACAAUUACUCAUGAAUGCAAGCCCAUUCGAGCUGAAAGACUCUCAGCAAACCUUGGCUGACGACCUCAAAGAGGUCACAUUACGAACCAUCUCCUAUUCUGUUCUUCAAUCCAAUAAUAUCAAAGAUGCAAAGAAGACGAACGCGAUCUUAGGCAACUUGGAUGUCAAGGAAGUGUUGAGAAUCAUUGUCCAAACAUCGAAAAAGGUUCCGGAACGUAAGAUUUAUGAUUUUGAGAAGUUGAAGUCAAAACUCCCUGACGACCGAGAGAAGUAUUUGGAGAGUGAACGGAUUCUCAUGUAUGUCAAUAAGAUCUUGCGGGAGAGAAGAAUCAUACUAAAAAUUGUUAUUGAGUUGCUCAAUAAUAAAUCAAAUUCCUUUGCAUCUUCUACUAUACAAAAUUUGGGUAAGGAACUCUUCCUUUCCAAGACUUACAUUUCAUCCAUCAUCGACAGUAUCAAGAACAGCUUGGCCUUCAUUGUAAAUCAGCCUUAUCAAGAUGAUGUGUCUCAAAACUUGAACGAUUUGAUUGUUAGGGAAACAGUCUUGUUUGUGAUUGACUUGUGCAAGGUAUUAAUAGAACUAACCAUUCAAAACCCAGUAAUAGACAAUGAAAUCACAAAACAGUGGUUCGAAUUUAUGGGACAGAACAAUUUUAUUGCAAACUUAGCUCCCUACUUCAAAGUGCAAGAGUCAUUCAACUUAACACAAACUUUAUGCACCCUUAUUUCAAUACUGUUUUUGGAUUUAGAAAAUGCAUUUGAUCACCAAAAUCUUAUUACCGGCAAUGAAUCGUCCCCAGAAACUCUCAAUUUUAUGGGUGAUUUGACAACAUUUAAGGCCCUUAAUUCAUUGAUCAGUAACCCUGAAAACUCUAAUUCCAUCAUUCUUUACGGGUGGUCCAUCAUCCUAUUACGGAAGUUGUAUUUCAUUCAGGAGGUUCCCAAGGAUCCAAUUUCUGCAGAAUUUACAAAGUCAUUCCCAGCCGAAGAGAUUAAUUUUCAUAUCAACGACUUAAACGCAAGAUGUGUGAAACUUAACGUAUUCGAGGAAAUUAAUACUUUGAAUGAAUCCCUCAAAUUCGAUAAUUUGUACUCGGCAAUUCUUUCAACUGUAUUAAUUUCUGCAUUACCAUUAAUAACUUUAACUCCACAGGUCUCCAGAACAGUGGCAAAUGUCAUCAAGAAUUGUCCCAACAGCGUCAUUGAGAAGUUUUUUGAAAAUGAGUCAUUUGUGAACCAAAUUAUUCUUUCAAGAGCUAAAUUUCCAGUCUUGUUGACUCCUUACUUGAAGCUCUGUGCUAUCAAUGGAAACUUUGCAUAUCACGAGUUCAAUGAGCUCAAAUCCUUCAUUCAAGUUUUCAAAAAGGACCACUUUGAACAGUUAUAUAAGAUUGAUGACGAAAAUUCGGAUCUCGUUGUCUUGAAAAGCUCAAUCGAUGUAUAUCCUCCGUUUGAAGCUGCUAAAAAGUUGUCUUUGGUGCUUCCAGAAGGUACAAAAGCUAAGAUUUUGCCUACUACUAGCGAAGACGAAAUAUUGGUUACAUUCUUGUACAAGUACAAUGGAUGGUCAUUUUUGGGGAGAAUCGUUCAGAACAUCUCGAGAUCAUUCAACGAUCAAGAUGAAGAUAAACUUGACUUCAUCAUUAACGUAUCUGACGUGCUUGCCAAAGUUGCUCAAGAUACCGAUCAUAUAUCGUCGGUGUUGGAGUCGAUGUCCACCUAUACUGACAAUUCUGAUAUUAUCGAAGUAUUGUUGAGAAUCUUCGAACAAAGCUUGCAUUCCAGAAAAACUCAAAUCCUCGAAUCUAUUCUCGGCUUACUCACCCAUUUAACCCCACAAUUUUCUCACAGAAUCUGGCCCUACUUAUCAAAGUCGUCUCUCUUAUCCAGAAACGGAAAAGAGGGUUUUAUUACCACAAUUUUCGGCUCAAUAGAGAUGAUCAGCGGAGAAUACUCAUUUACCAUAUCUUUGAUAAAAUUCAUUGAUGGGUUAGUUCAAAGCUGUUUGACUCUAAAGGAAGAUUACCCAACCAAAUCAAAGAGCAUGAUUUUGAUGAAGUUUGUAAACCAUCUAAUUUCAAUCUUUGAGAGCUUCACGCAUUGCAAGUUUAUCAAAUCAUACCAAAAAAUGGAAAUUGGAGUCUUAAUAUUAGAUAUAUUCUCCAACAUAUUAGCAUCAAUUUAUGGGGUGAAGAAGACUACUUCAGACAAUAAAGUAACAGCUGUUUUGAAUGAAGUCUCCGUGACGAUCCUCGAUACGUUCUUGAUCACUAAGAACGAAUACUCAAGAAGCUCAUUACCUAUUUUCCUAAUGAUUGAGUCUUUGUCUUCAAAUUUGAGUGUUUACGAGCUUUAUGACUUAUCCGGUUUCUGGUACGAAAACUGGAUCAGAUGCGGUUUGUCAUUCUCACAGCUCAUCAUCUCAAUUAGGUCUUUGAUUGAGUAUAAGCCUUCUUCAUUUGAGAGAGAAUUUUUCAAGAAGUUACCGCAAUUAAUAUCUACAUACUCUCAGUAUGAACCAUUGAGAAAGGAUAUAAUUGAUGUGAUUACUAUUUUGGCAAAGGGUACUUGGGAGGAACAAAAUAAACCUUCGUUGCUCGGUCAUUUGGGAAAUGACUAUUCCAGGGUUCUAUUGAGCUGUUUGAUUGCUGAUCUUGACAAUUCGUUGGAUGACUACAGAUUGAAAGUUUCAUUGUACGACUUUAUCUGCUCAGUUCUCGAAGGGAAUCAAGAAGGUUUGGCAGUUUUGUUCAGUGGUAGAGAUGUGUUCGGAAGAUCAAAAGAAGUCGAAGCAGAUGAUCCUACUAACAAAAAGGGUUCGUUGCUUUCUAUUUUGAAGAAGAAUGUGAAAGAGAUCAAAUACUACCCGAACUCUGUGAGUAUCCAUCUUUUGGACGCUUUGUCCCUUAGCUAUAACUCUUGGAACACAAUCAAAGAGAAUGAUGAAGACUGUGAAUUCAUAGAUGAACUCAUUAAUCGGAUUCAAUUAAGUCUAAAUGAUCAACCAAAGUCUUUGGAUGAUUACAUUAGCAAAUGUUAUGAGCAAAAGAUUAUAUCUAAGAUCGCCGAAAUUUUGUCCUUAAUUUUAUUCACCACUAGAAACGAACAAGUGAAGCAAAAGAUCAAAGCAUUAAUCGUGUCGGAUAAGUUCAUUGAUAUUGUCAAGGACAAAUUCAUCAUCAAAGAUUAUAAUCCAGUCCUUCAUUCUAAGGUGAACGAGUUAUUUGAACAAUUUGCACCAAAUUUAAGACUCGACCAAUUCACAACUACUUUGGGUAAGAGAAAUAGAUAUGGCGUUUCUAAUGUGUUUAACAUCUCCUUAAUGGAUGGAUUGUUCGGUGGAAAUCCUAAGUGGCCAGCAUUGAGAGCUCAAAUUAUGGAGUCCAGCAUCAAUAUUCAAUACUUAAGUUCUCAAGCUAGUAUAACAAAAUCAUUAGGUGCAUUAUUGACAGUCUUCUGCAGAAGAUUUUCCAGCUCAUUGACACCCAACAUGUUGGAUUUAGUGCACCAUUUAUUGAAGAUCAAUUAUAUUGAAGGAAUUCCAUCCAACUUGUUUGAUCUGAUUUACCAGGAGAGAAUUGAAGUAGCAUUCUACCUUAUUUAUUCCAUGACCCAUGAAAGUGGUAUCAAGAAACAAUCGAAACAAAUAUUUGAAAUAAUCAAGGUUUCCUUGGAUUUGUUGUCGUCAUCAAGCUUGAAGUUCUUGGCCUCUUUAUCCGCUUCUAGUGGCAACUAUAAGCAAUUGUUAAGGAUUAUUUACUGUUGUCUAUUAAUUUCGAAGGAUGAUGAGGAAAUCUUGAUUGAGUACUUCAGUGUUUUCAAAGAUUUGUUUGAUCUUAUCAUCACCAAGGGAACCCAAGUUUUGUUGAUUGAUAUUCAGAAUGAAGUUUAUCUUCAACGCAACAAAGGACAGAUUGCUUCUAGUAAUGGAGUUCGUGGAGUCUUUUCUGUGGAGACUCUUCAUUCCAAAACAGAUGAUCUAAUGUUAAUUUUAUCAAUUUUGAAAUUAUACAUGGGUAUGAACUCUUCCAGAAAUAUGAAGCUUGAAAUGGCAAGGCUUAUCAAUGAUAAUGGUACGAUCAACGCCUUGUUGAGCUUGUAUUCAUUGUCGCACACCAUUGAAGUUAAUGAUGAACAUAUUUUUGCACAAUUGAGUUUGAUGUUUAUCCAAGAAUUGAUGACCGUGGAACUUAUUGCAGAAAAGUUCAUCUCAUCUGGUUUGUACGUUGUGCUUGUUGAAAGUCCUAUUUCAACUCAGAUUAGAGCUGGUGGCUUGAGCGUGACUUCCGGUAACCAAUACCACAAACUCUGGAUCAACGGUAUCUUACCAAUAUUCAUCAUUAGUUUGAACAAAUUGGGUUUAUCUGUCAUCAAGGAAGUUUGCUUGGGAUUGCAAAUGUUCGGAAAGCAGAUCGAAUCAUGUAUUGAAAGUUGGUCUAGAGAUUCUUCGUCUAUAAAGAUUACCUCGUCUACGGUUAUUGAAACUAGUCAAAUACUCUUGCUAUACGAAUCAUUGCAAUCCAUGAACGUUGAACAAUUCAUGAGAGACCAAGACUUAUCUCACUUGAAGAUUUUACCAGGGCUUGAUACUGAAGGUAAAAGAGAUGAAUUUAUUGAUUAUAUCAACAAUUUGUUAAAGCAUCCAAAGUUCUUAACCUCUAGAGUUUUGCCUAGCUCCAUCGAUGAGCAAAGAAUAAUUGAAAAGGGAGGCGUGGGAUAUGAGAAGUUUGUCAACAACUUGAUUGAAGAGAUCAGGGACUUGAAGGAAUUCUUGAUCUAGUCGAUGGGCUAAACGACUUCUCUUCUGUACAUUAUUUAGAUCAAUAUAACUUAGAUUGAUUAUCGUGAUCAUGCGUC